GCAGUUAGCGCCAGCGCCCCCUCUGCACACACCAGCGAUCCCUGCGCGGACACCCCCGGCGCUCGCGCACACACCGCGCUCCGCCCUCCCAGGAAAGUAGAUCCGGCCAGGCAGACAAAAGUUUGGGACAGAAGUUCGGUCUGCUGCGAGCGUGAGAGUGAGGGGGCGGGGGCCGGGGAGAGUGGGGCAGUUGGGCGAGUCGACGCGUGAACAGAUAGACCUGCGGACCGGACAGCCGCGGCCGGAGGCCUUGCCAGCCCCUCUGACCCACAGAUGCGUGGGGGGACGCAGCCCCUCCCGCCGGGGGAUGCUGUGCGAUUCCUGGCGCCGGGCAUCCGGGCAGCCAGCUAAGCCCCUGUGCCUCCCCUGUGCCCCUGGGGAUCCAGAGUCCGGCUGCAGGGAAAGAGAACCGGCCGCAGAGACGCUGCAGGGUGCUGGGCGGGGAGGGGACGAGAGGCCCCAGGCCCGAGGGCAUGGAGCGGUUAGGAGAGAAAGCCAGUCGCCUGCUGGAGAAGUUCGGCCGCAGAAAGGGUGAAUCUAGCAGGUCUGGGUCUGACGGCACCCCCGGGCCGGGCAAGGGGCGCCUAAGUGGGUUGGGGGGACCUAGGAAGUCAGGGCCCCGAGGAGCUACUGGGGGACCUGGGGAUGAGCCGUUGGAGCCGGCCCGGGAGCAAGGUUCCCUGGACGCUGAGCGAAAUCAGCGCGGCUCCUUUGAGGCACCGCGCUACGAAGGUUCCUUUCCUGGGGGGCCGCCGCCCACCCGGGCCUUGCCUCUACCUCAGUCAUUGCCCCCCGAUUUUCGGCUGGAGCCCGCGGCCCCGGCCUUAAGCCCCCGCUCCAGCUUUGCCAGUAGCUCGGCCAGCGACGCCAGCAAGCCGUCCAGCCCCCGGGGCAGCCUGCUGCUGGACGGGGCGGGGGCUGGCGGAGCUGGAGGGAGCCGGCCCUGCAGCAAUCGCACCAGCGGCAUCAGCAUGGGCUACGACCAGCGCCACGGGAGCCCCUUGCCCGCGGGGCCGUGCCUUUUUGGCCCACCCCUGGUCGGAGCGCCGGCAGGCUAUUCUCCCGGAGGGGUUCCGUCCGCCUACCCGGAGCUCCACGCCGCUCUGGACCGACUGUACGCUCAGCGGCCCGCGGGGUUCGGCUGCCAGGAAAGCCGCCACUCGUAUCCCCCGGCUCUGGGCAGCCCUGGAGCUCUAGCCGGGGCUGGAGUGGGAGCAGCGGGGCCCUUGGAGAGACGGGGGGCGCAACCCGGACGACACUCUGUGACCGGCUACGGGGACUGCGCCGCGGGCGCCCGGUACCAGGACGAGCUUACAGCGUUGCUUCGCCUGACGGUGGGCGCCGGUGGGCGAGAAGCCGGCGCCCGCGGGGAACCCUCGAGUAUUGAGCCGUCGGGUCUCGAGGAGCCGCCAGGUCCUUUCGUUCCGGAGGCUGCCCGGGCCCGGAUGCGGGAGCCGGAGACCAGGGAGGACUACUUCGGCACCUGUAUCAAGUGCAACAAAGGCAUCUAUGGGCAGAGCAAUGCCUGCCAGGCCCUGGACAGCCUCUACCACACCCAGUGCUUUGUCUGCUGCUCUUGUGGACGAACUUUGCGUUGCAAGGCUUUCUACAGUGUCAAUGGCUCUGUGUACUGUGAGGAAGAUUAUCUGUUUUCAGGGUUUCAGGAGGCAGCUGAGAAAUGCUGUGUCUGUGGUCACUUGAUUUUGGAGAAGAUCCUACAGGCAAUGGGGAAGUCCUAUCACCCAGGCUGUUUCCGAUGCAUUGUUUGCAACAAGUGCCUGGAUGGCAUCCCCUUCACAGUGGACUUCUCCAACCAAGUAUACUGUGUCACCGACUACCACAAAAAUUAUGCUCCUAAGUGUGCAGCCUGUGGCCAACCCAUCCUCCCCUCUGAGGGCUGCGAGGACAUUGUGAGGGUGAUAUCCAUGGACCGGGAUUAUCACUUUGAGUGCUACCACUGUGAGGACUGCCGGAUGCAGCUGAGUGAUGAGGAAGGCUGCUGCUGUUUCCCUCUGGAUGGGCACUUGCUCUGCCAUGGCUGCCACAUGCAGCGGCUCAAUGCCCGACAGCCCCCUGCCAACUAUAUCUGAGCUUCAGUCACUGCUGCUGCCGUCGCCACCGCUGACAAACUGCUCUGGCCAGUGGGCCCCUCUGAGGCCAGCCAAGGCAAAUAAUGCACUCUACAGGUCUGGCAGAAGAGUCCUCUGGGGAGGACCCCAAGGCCAGAGACCCAAAGAUCAUGACAUUCCAAAUGGAUUGCGGAGGAGAAACUUUAUAUUUACCAGGGUGGGGGUGACUGGCCUUUUUUCCAUGUGUGCAGCCUGAGCUUAGGCACACACAGGAGGGUUCCAGUACUUUCUCAACGUCUGAUUCUGUAUCUUCAGUACAUAUAUAUAUAUAUAUAUAUAUAUAUAUAUAUAUAU